AUGGGUUUGGAACGAUCGUUAAACCAAGUGAUGCUGUUAACGGUGGUGUUGCUAGCGAUCGGUCCGGUAGGAAAUCGGUUUGCACACGGUGCUAACAUUCUCUGCCUGAUGGCGGUUCCCAGCCCAAGCCAUCACAUCUGGAAUCGAGUUCUGGUGGAUGCGCUUGCAGCUCAAGGUCACAACCUUACGGUGGUGUCACCGGACAUUGAGCGGAAGCCAAAGCCGAACGUUACGUACAUCCAUCUGGAGAAGACGUACGACACGAUCCACGAGGGUGCCACGGCGAUCGAUUUCUACGAGAUGGGACAGGCGGGCAUACUGGAGAGUAUGAAGAUAUUCUACGAGUACGCGAUCUCCAUGUGUAUCGGUAUACUGGAUUCUAAAGGAUAUCAGACGAUCGUGGACUAUCCGAGUGAUUACAAGUUCGAUCUGGUGGUGUACGAUUUUACCUGUGGACCGUGUCUGCUCGCUGUGUAUCAUAGGUUUGGUCAGCCUCCGAUGGUUGGUGUGACGGGAUUCAAUACACCACCGUACACGACGGAUCUGAUCGGUGGCCACAAGUACUACGCCUAUGUGCCGUACUACACGCUCGACUACGAUAGCAACAUGAACUUUUUCCAGCGUUUCUACAGUGCAGCCAUCCAUUGGAUUGAUUACUUCUACCGCAACUAUGUGUUUCUUCCCGAAACGGAUCGUCUUGUUCGGGAACACGAAAAAAUGAAAGAUCUCCCCUACCUGGGUACUCUCGAUCAGAAAAUGAUGCUAAUGUUGGUAAACUCACAUCAUUCGGUCGAUUUUCCGGAACCCAUUCCUCAAAACAUGAUUCAGGUCGGAGGGUUGCAGAUCAUACCCCCCAAACCGCUGCCGGAUGAUAUAGAACGGUUCAUCAGUGCCGGUAAGAAAGGUUCGGUUCUGUUUUCGCUCGGAACGAACGUGCUCAGCAAAGAUCUCGGCCCGGAGCGUAUCAAAGCGUUCCUGCAAGCAUUCCAGCAAAUGCCGGCCUAUAACUUCCUGUGGAAGUUUGAAACCGACCUACCGUACGAUCUGCCACUGAACGUAAUGAUCAAAAAGUUCCUGCCACAGAACGAUAUACUUGCUCACCCGCACAUCAAGGGUUUCAUGACGCAUGGUGGUCUGCUCAGUACACACGAGGCAACCUGGCACGGUGUACCGAUGAUCGGUUUUCCGGUGAUCGCCGAUCAGUAUCGGAACCUCGCUAAAUCAAUUCGUGCCGGUGUGGCUGAGAAAGUUAGCCUUUGGGAAUUGAGCGCCGAUAAAAUUCGCAAUACAGUGCUGAAGGUACUGGAGUCACCACAGUACAGAGAGGCAAUUAAAGAGCGAUCGGAACUAUUUCGCGACCAACCGGAAACACCACUGGAGCGUGGUGUAUGGUGGGUUGAAUGGGCAUUGCGACAUCCAAAUGCAAAAACUAUCCAGUCACCGACACUGCUGCUAGGCCCAUGGAGAAGUGAAAUGUACGACGUUAAGCUCUGUCUUGUACUAGCUGUGCUGCUUGUACUCUACGUACUACACAAAGCGGUGGUACUGUUUUUGGUGCAAAGCUCACGAGAGCUUGUUAGAGGUGCAAACAUUCUCUGCCUAACGCCAGUGCCUAGCCCCAGCCAUCACAUAUGGAAUCGCGUCUGGAUCGAAGCACUCGCCGGAAGAGGACACAACCUGACGGUGGUGUCGGCGGACGUAGAGUAUACGGCGGCACCCAACAUUACGUACGUUCAUCUAGAACAUGCCUACUCCGAUCUGCACGAUCAUCUGGACCUGUUCCAAAUGGCAAACAAUGGCGCAUUGAUGGGUAUAAAAGAUCUGUACACCUGGGGUACGGCCAUGUGCAAAGGAGUGUUGCGUUCGAAGGGCCUUCAAGUGAUUCAAUCGUAUCCGGACGAUUUCCAGUUCGAUCUCGUCAUUGCGGACAUCACCUGUGGCCCGUGUCUCUUUCCAUUGAUGCACAAGUUCCACUAUCCUCCCCUGAUUGGUGUGACGGCGUACAAUAAUCCACAGUUUACGACGGAUUUCGUUGGUGGACACAAACAUUACGCGUACGUACCAUUCUUUACCGUGAACUACGAUUCGGACAUGCACUUCCUGCAGCGGUUCAACAACUGGUUGUUACACAAUCUCGAUCACAUCUAUCGCCAUCACAUCUUUCUGCCACGAAUUGAACAGAUGGUACGGGAUCACUUCCGCUACCGAGGCAUGCUGUCUUUGGAUCAAAUGGAGCACAACACUUUUCUGCUGUUAGCCAAUUUCCACUAUUCGGUCGAUUUUGCUGAAUCGCUUCCACCUAGUCACAUUCCUGUCGGAGGACUUCAAGUCCUCCCUCCCAAACGACUACCAGACGAGCUAGCCACCUUUACAGCUGCUGGGCGGAAAGGAUCGGUGCUAUUUUCACUCGGCACGAACGUGAGAAGUGCCGACUUGGGAGAAGAACGUAUCAGAAUGUUUCUUGAAGUGUUUCGUCAUCUGCCGGAGUAUAACUUUAUUUGGAAAUUUGAAGAAGUGCCAUCGUUCGACGUACCCACCAAUGUGUUGAUAAGAAAGUUUCUCCCACAAAACGAUAUGCUAGCUCACCCGAACGUUAAAGCCUUCAUCACACAUGGUGGCAUGCUGAGUACUCAUGAGGCAACUUGGCACGGAGUGCCCAUGGUUGGAAUUCCCUUCAUUUGCGAUCAGUAUCGGAACCUACACAAAUCAGUGGCCGCUGGUGUUGCGAUACGGCUAGAGCAUAAUUCUUUGACGAAGGACAACAUUCAAGCUGCACUCCAGGAGAUACUCACCAAUUCCAGCUAUCGAGACCGCAUACAGCAUCGGUCUGCAUUGCUUCGCGACCAACCGGAACAUCCACUCGAUCGAGCCGUGUGGUGGAUCGAGUGGGCACUACGUCAUCCAAAUGUCAAAGCAAUUCAGUCCCCAACAAAGCAAAUGUCUGUCUGGCAGUAUGAGCUGUACGAUGUAAAGCUGACACUGAUACUCCUCAUAGCACUAACGAUGUAUUACACUAAACGGCUAGUGGCACGAGCACACUUCAUUCGCAACCAUCCGUUUACUCACACUACCGCAAUCAGUUGCAAGUCAUUUGCAAAUUUUAUGCCUCAAUCAGGUGCUAGACUCACAGUACACAAGAUAAUAGCGAUGCGUUCGGACGUGUCGCUUCUCGCGCUCUUAUCGCUGGCCGCUCUGUCAGCUGGCUGGCAUGGGGUCGUACAGGGUGCGAACAUUCUAUGCAUCAUGACCGUCCCUAGUCCCAGCCAUCAUAUUUGGAACCGUGUCAUCAUGGAGGAGCUCGUGGACCGGGGACACAAUUUAACCGUCGUAUCUCAGGAUGGAGAUAAAUCCCGCACCAACCUUACCUACAUUCUGCUGGAGAAAGUGUACUCCACGCUGUACGAAGAUGAAGGAAUAGAUCUGCUGGAGGUGUCGAAAGAAACGCCUUUCCAGUCGCUGUUCACCUUCAAGGAGUUUUAUCUGAGCAUGUGCCGCGGUGCACUGAAAUCGGACGGCUUGAAUGUGAUCCUAAACUAUCCGGACAGUUUCCAGUUUGAUGUGGUUCUGUAUGAUUUCGGUUGUGGUCCGUGUCUAUUGCCAUUGUUACACAAGUUUAAUUACCCACCGUUAAUCAGCCUGACGGCGUUCAGUAAUCCACCCUACUCGGUGGACAUUGUAGGCGGACACAAACAUUACGCCUAUACGCCACAUUUUGCGCUACCUUACGGCUUCGAUAUGUCCUUUGUUGAACGGGUGUACAACACGUACAUCUGUCUGUGGGAUGCUGGGUUGCGAAAAUUGGUCAUCAUGCCAACGCUGGACGCGAUGGUAAGGAACCGGUUCGCGUUCAAAAACAUGCCCCACAUACAGGACAUCGAACGGCGCACGGUUUUGAUGCUGGUAAACACCAAUCCUUCGUUUGAUGCACCCGAGCCCUUGCCCCCGAACGUGAUACCGAUCGGUGGUGCCCACAUCAAGGCCCCUAAACCACUGCCAAAUGAACUGGAGGAGUUCGUGGCGAAGGCCAAAAAAGGUGCCGUUUUGUUUUCGCUCGGCUCUAACAUACGCUCCGAUACGAUCGGCGAGGAGCGACAGCGGAUGUUCAUUGAGGCAUUCCGCCAAAUGCCGGACUAUCAUUUCCUGUGGAAAUUUGAAUCACAGCUUAACAUUCCUCUGCCACCGAAUGUGAUCAUUCGACCGUGGCUUCCACAGAACAGUAUUUUGAACCAUCCCAGAACGAAAGCUUUCAUCACACACUCCGGUGGAUUAAGCACUCAGGAAGCUUCUUGGUUUGGUGUGCCACUGAUUGGAAUGCCGUUCUUCGUCGAUCAGCACCGCAAUAUGAAACGCUCUAUAAUCGGUGGUGUGGCGGAAAAGCUUGAUUUUGCCUCACUGUCCACCGAAAAGAUACGAACCACCGUUGUGAAGGUGCUGGAAACGCCGAUCUAUCGUUAUAAUAUGCAGCGCCGCGCAAUGUACUUUCGCGAUCAGCCAGAUAAACCGCUCGAUCGUGCAAUAUGGUGGAUCGAAUACGUGCUGCGGCAUCCAACCGUACAGCAUCUUCGUUCGCCAACGCUUAAGCUCGGUACGGCGAAAGCGAACCUUCUGGAUGUGUACUUGUUCUUUAUUGCCAUAAUCAUAUUUGUUGUGUCGUUUGCCGUGUUCAUAGUAAGACGUACAUUAUGCCGCCGUAAACGGCAAGUGAAAAAGAAACGGCAGUAA